AUGGACGACCACACCGUUGCACCCGCAAAGGAUAGCGAACCGUCGACCGCCACUCAAGAUCACACAGCACAAGAUGAAACUGAAACCUCUCAUGAUGAAAGACUGAACCAUCUCGCUCAUCAAUUAGACCAAUCCCAUCUACACUGUAGUUAUUGGAAGUUUCAAUCCAUCGAUGAUGAUCGCCGCGCAGCUGCUCACGGCUUCACUACACCCGAGGAACUAUUGGUCCUGGCAAAUAACAGCGAUGAGAGACAUGAUGAUAUCAAGAUCGUUUGGAUGGGAGCAACGGGUCACCCUGGCUCGAGAAGCGCUGUAGUCGGCACAGCGUCGCAGCACCUGCAGACGAUUUACGAAUUACGCAAUUUACUGGGUCUUCCAAUGUCAUUGCAAGGGCAAGUACCAAUAUACCCUACCAGCACUGACGUAUGCCUAAAGCAAUACUGGGAAAAGAAUUAUGGAGAACAAUCAUCCGCUCGCACCGUUCAAGCUCAUCAAGCAGCAGGACAGCAAGAACUGUCGCCUGCAACGCUUGAUCCUGGAUUGGUGAACCAAUCGUGCCUAGCUCCUGCCACGGUUCCACCCCAAGUAGCGUUUGGUCUUAUGGUUGGGGAAACUUACAGCACAGAGAGAACACACGAUACGGAGAUGUUAGCGAAACAAGUUGUACCCGCAGGUCAAUUGCCCGAAAGCCUUGUGCCACCCCAAAAUUACGAUGAGAUAGCUCAGCGGCAAGAAUCAUUCUCGACGACUGCGACGUUUUCAGCAACAACAUUUUGUGCGACAGACACGUGGUCUCACAGUGAUCUAGUGAAUAUGGCCAAGCUGCCAUGCAUAGAUUGUGGAGAUGAUGAUGGCCAUACAAAUGACUGCCAUAUUGGCAAUCUCAACUUCAAUGAAAACCUUACGAUGCUUGACUAUCGUAUUUUGGCAGAUAUUGUUGAGCAAUUCGAUCCUGGUCCGUGGACAACACACUUUGAUCCAUACCCAGAACGUGAGCCCGAAGAUCCUCAGGUGCAGAUAGCUGGUAUUGCAGAAGUGAUAAGAAAUGAAGAUAGUUACAAGGACGAUUCAGAAUUGCAUGGUCUACCAGACGAGUAUAUGAUUAUCCUAUGGGCGUUCAAAACGUCUGAUAAUGUUGAAGUGAUAGAUUGGUAA